AUGCCCCCCCCCCCCCCCCCGUCUGACGGAAAAGCGACUGAAGGCGUCGUCCGCCGGGGGGUGAGUUUCAGGCGCUAUCAGGUGACCGCAUCGCGGCGUCGGUCUGUGCGGCCCCACCAGCGGCGAGCCAAAGCCGCCGUGCGCUCAGUAGCCAACGAAGCGGCGCGCGCAACGCUCGCACGCACGCAACACGCGCACGCGCACGCCGCCCGAGCGGUGAAAGUAUUGCGACGCAAGCGGAUCUCGCCCGGUCAGCGGGCGCUUGUUUUGUUCGGUCAGCGUUGCGCCAGUGCAGCCGACGGGGAAAGGAGGUCGGUGCGCGCACGCGGCCCCACUCUGUGCACCGUGUACACCGCCGCCGCCGGACUAGUGCGUUCAAAAAUCCACCCCCCGAACCUACUUGAUGCGAUAUUGAAAAGCGAAAAUUAUAUCUCAUCGGCGUACAGUGUUCUCAACGAUGAUGGUGAAAAG